AUGGCGCUCACAAAAGCUGAGAAAUUGAGACCAACGAAGAACAAAUUCAACAGGGGAGCAUGGACGGCGGAAGAGGAUCGGAAACUGGUGGAAGCCGUCGAAAUCCACGGCCCAAAGAGGUGGAAAACCAUUGCCACCACCACAGGACUGAAUCGGUGUGGCAAGAGUUGCAGGCUAAGAUGGAUGAAUUAUCUCAGACCAAACAUCAAGAGAGGAAGUAUGUCUGACCAAGAGGAGGAUUUGAUCCUCAAACUUCACAAACUCCUAGGAAACAGAUGGUCGUUGAUUGCGGGAAGAUUACCCGGUCGAACAGACAAUGAGAUUAAGAAUUACUGGAAAUCCCAUUUGAGCAAGAAGAUUGAGAAGUCAAAUGAAGGAAUUUCAAGAAAACAAGAAGACUCCAUGAGUGAAGAGCCAAUGGGAGAAAAGAUUGACACAGCUAAAUCAAAUGCUACUGGACCUUCUGAGGACUCAAAAAACAGAAUUGAUUUGGAUGACUUUUUUGAUUUCUCCAAUGAGAAUCCCUCAACUUUAGAAUGGGUCAGCAAAUUUGUUGCAUUUGGUGGAGUUGAUAAUUAA